AAAGCUCUCCCCAGGGCGCCAGCUGGAAAGGGUCCCAGUCGCGCUCGCUCCGGGGAGCUUUGCUGAGGCCGGGGCUGCAACAAGAGCGGGGCAUAGUUGCCGAGCAGAGCUCUGCGCCCGGGGGCGGGUACCAGCGGUCGUUCCCUCCGCCCCCCGCGUCGCCACCACCGCCCGACUGCGCCUUAGCCAGGCGGCUCAGACGCGGCCGCAUCCAGACGGUGGAAACGCCAGCGAUCUGAAGUCCGCGUCGCAGCUCCGGGCCGCAGAGGGGCUGGGCGAACCCGAGUGCGGGGACCUGGCCAGGCUAGGCGGGCAGCUCUGCGCGCGGCUGAGGUCAUGGUAUACUGAAAAGGCACUCGAACAAGAGAAAUCUGGUGGAAGCUUGAAACCAUCAAGUUAUUGAGGCCACACAAGGGACAAAAAAGACAGAGGAAAGAAAGUUUAUCAGCAUUUCUUCCUAAACCUGCCUUGGAAAUAAUAGUAGAUCUUAAUCAGGAGAUACAUGUUGCUAUGAGGACAAAUACAUCAAAAAUGACUGAUGUGGAGGCUGUGGAUACCAACUUUGCAUCUUCAGCAAGAGCAGGCCGCCGGAAUGCUGUACCAGACAUCCAAAGUUCUGCUGGCACAAGUGGAACCUCAGACUUACCCCCCAAACUGCAGGACCUCAGCAUGAAGGAAGGUGUAAAAGAGAAAGAGGAAGAAACAACGCAAGACCAAUCUGAAAGCUCCAAAAAGGAAGAAAAGAAAGGCUCAUAACCUAUCAAGUGCUGAAUUUCCACAAGUUGAAAGGCUUAGUGGUUCUGUUUUCCUGAGACGUUUGAUGUGGUAGAAACUGUGGUAACAUUGCAGCAACAUGGGUGUAUUAGAUAAUUUAGUAGUGACGUUACUCACUUGAAUUGCAACCAUGAUGUCCUUUGUAGGCUAUUAAAAGGCAGGUUACUUCCAAAUUGUGCCCAAGGAAAAGGUAAAGAAUGUAUGAUCACUUAAAUAUAUAUCAUUGUUUAUAAACCCCACAAAAUCCAGUUUUCUCUUUAGGAUUUAUUUUGGCAGAUGUAUCUUUAAUUCAAUUUUUAUGGCAAUGGGUAAACUACUCCUUGGGAAAUUUAAAUCAAGCACCAUUAAUUUAUAACUUUAUUCGAAUUUAUAAGAAAUUAUGAAUUCUGUGAGAAGAAAUAAUAGAAUAGUCAAAAAUCACAUGGAUAGAAUGUGUGUUUUUAAUCAAAUACCAACCAGAUUUUUUUUCCAAACCCCAAGAAGAUUUGGAAAAGUUGGAAAAGUUUAGACAAAUGAAAAUCUCUGGGUUGUAUUUCUUGUAAUUUUGCUUCCAAUCUGUGCGUACUUUGAUUUUUCAUGUAGACCUUUAAAAUGCAGCAUUUGUGCAAAUUGUUUAUAUGGAAUAUGCUUAUUAAAUGAAUUUUACUAUCUUCCUUAA